UUCUUGCACAAAUGUUACAUGAAAAGAUAGAAGAGGAUAGCAAAGGAGAACACUGGAGAAGAAAGGACAGAAGAUCAUUGUCAGGUAGACAAAUAUUAUCACUGAAGACUCAGCUCAGUUACAAUGCCAUGGAUCGAGAACUUUCUUAUUGUGCUUUUAUUUGGGAGCCCAGCAAUGGUGCACAUAGAAGCACAAUGCAGAGCGACUCUUCAACUUGAUCCAGAGAACCCUAUAUACAUUGAGGAUGAAGCUAUAACACUGAGAUGUGUUGCUGAUAACCCAUCGACUAUCUCUCAGUAUAAGUUUUAUAAAGAUGGAAAAGUCACCUCUGACAGUUACAACUCCAUGAAUAAAUUGUUCAUUUCUUCUCUUACCACAAGUGACUCUGGAAAUUAUUUCUGUACCUGCACCAGGGAAGGUGUAAAUAUGUCCUUUGAAAGCAAUUUAAUUAAUCUUAAAGUAUUUGAACGUCCACCUUCCGCAUCAUUGUCUGUGGAACCUCAGGGAAAAGUCUUUAUGAAAAAACAGUCAGUAAGGAUACGCUGUCUAAUACCAGAAGAACAGGAUCCCUCGGAAGUCUAUCUGUAUCAGAAUGGAGGGGUAAUACGUGAAGCUGAUAAUUUUGGUGUCCUAACAAUAAACACUGAAACAAAGAAUUCAGGAAACUACUCCUGUGGGUAUAAGAGUGUUAUAUCAGGACGUGUAGUGGAAUCCUAUCCCGGCAAUCAACAGACUUUACUUGUGAUAGAUCAGCCUCCAACUCCGAUCUUAAGGAAUGCAUACAGGUCUCAGAGUCCAGGUGGACUUGUAGAACUGGUAUGUGAUGUACAAAAUCCAUCUUUUCCUCCUGGAUAUCGGUUUUACCGAAAUGGAAGGGAACUAGUAACAAACCAGCAGGUCAAUUAUUUAGUCCUGAAUUACACUUUGGACUUUGAUGGCUGCUAUUUCUGUCAGACUUUUGCAAAAAUACUGGGAGAGGAGAUCCAAUCACCUAGGAGUUCUGAGCACUUCCUAGUGCUAGAAGAAAGAAACAUUAAAGACAACAGAGGCUGUCAGGAUAGUUCUGGUCUAUCGAAACAAGGUAUAAUGUUAUACGGCAGUGUACUUGCUGGAAAACUCCUUGUCUUGAUCUGUUUGUUGCUUAUUUUUGGGAUCCACCACCUUCUGAUACGACAAAGAAGUCAGAAAUUAGACACAGACAUCUGACAGAUGAUACCCAACAAAGAACAAUCCCUAACAUUUGCCAUGAUGCAUUCUUACCAAAUAAUUUAGUUUAUAUGUUUUAGUUAAUAUUUAUAGACUAUAUAUAUAUAUAUAUAUAUAUAUAUAUAUAGAGAGAGAGAGAGAGAGAGAG